AUGACGUCCAAGGGGUCAUGGGUAGAGCUGCUGUCGGACAUCGUCGGGACCAAGAGGUUCGGCGAAGCCGCCAUCCUGUCUAUGGACGGGCUGACGUAUGGUAGCACACAUGGCUUCAGGGUGAGGAAGAAGGAGUUCCUCCUCCUCAACCGCUCCUUCCUGGACCCCGCCAGCAUGUUCGAACACGGGCUGCCAGUCAACGGCAGGAAGUACGUCGGGAUAUCCGCCAACCCCAAGACCCUGCAUGCCAAGUCAGGACCUUCGGGAGUGAUCUGCGUUCGGGCAAGAAACUGUGUCCUAGUGGCGACUUACUACCCUCCUACCAGCGCACCGCAGGCGCUGAUAACGCUAGAGGAGAUCUCGACCGAGGUGAAUAUUGGCAUGUACAAGACAGACUCCAUCGAUGCGAACUUGCUGCACAGUAUCAAGUCGAGGACCAAAGAUGGAGACGACGACGAUUGA